GAUUUUUGGCCAUUCUGCCAAAAUGCGCGUUCCAAGCAGGGUCUUGGUUGCGGCAUGUGCGAUUAUUACAUUGUCCUGUUGCGAUGCCUUUGUAGCACCGAGGGCCAAACGAGGUGUAGUUCCCGGUAACGCGGCCUCCAGGCCUAAAGACACUAUUCGAAAGUCUGAGUGUCGUACGGAUUAUAAUUGCAAGGCAUGGCCAAAGACGUCAUGCGGCAAGGAUCCGGUGGACGGUCAACGGCGGUGUCUUUGCGCAGACCAAACGCAUCCGAUUAAUGAUGAUUGCAUAACGUCUCCACAAGAGGUGGGAAUGCCUUGUGAGCGGGACAUCCAAUGCAUCCAGCUGGCCCACUGUACAUACAACAUAAGUGAAUCGCACACAGACAUAAAGAUAUGUCAGUGUAGAGAAGAGUUUGCCGACGACGACGGGACAUGUAGUAGUGGUGUUCGAGCAAUGGUAUCCAUAUGUUUGGCGAUUUUAGUUGCUGUUGUCUUGCAAAAUAACCACAAUCAAAUAGCUUAGAGUUUAUUGCAAAAAAAACCACAA